AUGAAGUGGAGAACACCACAAUUGGAGCCACCUUGCUCGGAUUUUCAUGAACACUCUCUUGAUCCCGAGUUGUUUCUUGAUCCCGAGGUUCCGAAACCUCAUGCUCGGAAUUCCAUACUAUUGAGAGUGUUGUUGGUGAUGCAGAGAAGGAUUGGUUUGGAUCUCUUUCAUUACAUUGGCUAG